UUUCUCUUUCUCUCUGUCUCUCUUUCUCUUUCUAUCUCUUACCGAUCGAAUCCCAUAACGUCUCUCUUUCUCUACUGAUCGCCCCCCUUUCCAAUCCGCUUUUUGCUUUCAUUGUGGAAUACCCCAAAACCAUUUCUCUUUCUCUCUGAUUCUCUUUAGAGAGAUCCCCACUUUCUCUUCCUCGCACUUUCCCCCUCAGAUACUCUGACGUCUCUCUGUCAUAGUCUCUCACCUCUCUCUCUAACUCUCCCAUUUCUCUCUCUCUCUCUCCACCGAUUCGCGCCUUUCCCCAAUCAAUUUUUUUUCCCUCUUUCUCGAAUCCACCAACCCCAUAUCUCUCUCUAGAGGGGUCCCCACUUUCUCCUUCCACUUUUUCAGAUAUUCUCAAUCCUCUUUCUCAGAUACCAUAACGUCUUUCUCUCUUUCUAAUUCUUCCCCUCUCUCUCUCUCUCUUUAAUUCUCCUUUGUUUCUCUCUCUUUCUCUCUAGACAAUCGGCGAGCCUCCCCAAUCCGGAAACGCUAAUCCUAGAAAGCCGUGGUGAAACUUCAGAUACAGGCUCUUGCGAGCUUCAAAAACGGAAACCCAGGACCAGAUGGAGGCACAGAGUCACCCACAUGGGCAGGUAAUAGAAAUUAUUGGAGAUGUGCCGGUGGGAAGGCCAAGCCAGGGUGCUAGUAAGAGCUGUGGGGCAGCAGCCUGCGGGUUUUCCGAUGCUGUGAGCAGUGCUAAAGAUUCAAAAGAGCGGAUGGCAUCCAUGAGAAAACUGGUGAUGGCCGUGGUUUUGUGCAUAAUAUUCAUGAGUAUUGAAGUAGCUGGUGGUAUAAAAGCUAACAGUCUCGCAAUCUUAACUGAUGCUGCUCACCUCCUCUCUGAUGUCGCUGCAUUUGCUAUCUCCUUGUUCUCGUUAUGGGCAUCAGGUUGGGAAGCAACCCCACGCCAAUCGUAUGGUUUCUUUCGCAUUGAGAUCCUUGGUGCACUGGUUUCGAUUCAAAUGAUUUGGCUCCUAGCUGGGAUCCUGGUCUAUGAAGCCAUUGCUAGGAUCGUCAAUGACACGGGUGAAGUUCAAGGUUUCCUUAUGUUUUUAGUUGCCGCUUUUGGGCUGGUUGUGAAUAUCAUCAUGGCUGUUCUGCUGGGUCAUGACCAUGGUCAUGGACAUGGGCAUCAUGAUCACAACCAUGGUAAUGGAGAUGGCCAUGGGCGUGAGCAUGCCCACAUCCAUGACCAUGCCCACUCAUCAGGGUAUGGCCAUGAUCAUGGUCCCAUUGUUACAACUCAUCAUCAUUACCAUGAGCACGGGAAAGCAGUGUGUCAGGAUGAAGACAACCCAAGAGACCCCUUGAUUGAAUGCAGGUGCACCAAUGAAACUGAAAACCAUAGAGAAAAUGGUGAGAGCAAGAAGCAAAGAAAUAUCAAUUUGCAAGGGGCUUAUCUUCAUGUUCUCGGGGACUCGAUUCAAAGCAUCGGGGUCAUGAUAGGUGGGGCUCUGAUUUGGUACAAGCCGAAGUGGAAGAUAAUAGACCUUAUAUGCACUCUCGUUUUCUCGGUGAUUGUUUUGGGAACCACCAUCCAAAUGCUUAGGAAUAUAUUGGAGGUUCUAAUGGAGAGUACACCAAGAGAGAUUGAUGCUACUAGAUUGGAGCAAGGGUUAUGUGAGAUGGAGGAGGUAGUGGCUGUCCAUGAGCUUCAUAUAUGGGCUAUCACAGUGGGGAAGAUCCUCUUGGCAUGCCAUGUGAAGAUCCAACCUGAGGCGGAUGCAGAUCAUGUGUUGGACAAGGUGAUUGGGUACCUGCAAAGAGAGUACAACAUCAGCCAUGUUACCAUACAAAUCGAGCGCUAGAGCGUAUGGAUAAUGUCGAUGGAGAUGAUGAUAUGGUGAUGAGGUGUGGAUGCAUGGCAUGGAUGUAUAGGCGCAUUUUUUAUUAGAUCUCUUGUACUUCGCCAUUUGGAGAGGAGCCUUAUGUUCCUUUUGAUUUGGUUUUGCAUCCAUGCCAUUUGAAAGCCCCCGAUCAUGGGUUGUAGACCUCAUAUUCAUCGAGAAGAGCUCCGCCAAUUUCCUUGAUAA